AUGUGCUGCCAGGAUGGGAGGGUUCAGCUGGUGAUUCGCGAAUAUUACGUGAUGCCAUUAGCCGGCCUCUCGGGCUUAAAAUAUGCCAACAGCGAGGGAUUCAUCACUCCGUACAAAGGCGUUCGUUACCAUUUGAAGGAGUGGAGUCAUAGAACCCAGGCACCGCAAACAGCCGAGGAAUUGUUCAACUUGAAGCAUUCUAAAGCUCGGAAUGUUAUUGAGCGUUCAUUUGCAGUAUUCAAGAUGCGUUGGGGAAUACUUCGCACUCCAAGCUUCUAUCCUAUUGAGGUCCAAACGGGAUUGAUCAUUGCGUGUUUCUUGCUCCACAAUUUUAUACGCACUCACAUGGAGGUGGAUUCGUAUGAUGAAUUGGUAGGAGAACAUGAUGAAGAUGGGUAUGGAAGUGAUCACGAUGAUCCCGUCGUGACCACUAUAACUACGGUCGCACCAACACCAUUGUGGACGAAGAAAAGGGACGACCUUGCUUCUGCAAUGUGGGCUAAUAGGACAAACGUGUGA